AUGUAAGAUGGCGCCCAGGGAGCUGUGAGGAGAAAAUCCUGUCGGUCUUGGAGCGGCGACGGCAGAACCGGGCCCCGGACGGUGCAGCCGGGCCGGCGGGUAGAGCGGAGGCAGCGGCGGCGGUGACGUCGCCGGAAUGUUAGAAGUCUUAAGAACUCAGGACAAGCAGCAGAAAUACAUGCAACAUGGUGACUGGAACCCUAAAGACUCUGCAAUAUGAAUAAUUCUCUAGAGAACACCAUCUCCUUUGAAGAGUAUAUCCGAGUGAAGGCUCGGUCUGUUCCGCAACACAGGAUGAAGGAAUUUCUGGACUCACUGGCCUCUAAGGGACCAGAAGCUCUUCAGGAGUUCCAGCAGACAGCUACCACCACCAUGGUGUAUCAGCAGGGUGGGAACUGCAUUUACACAGACAGCACUGAAGUGGCUGGGUCUUUGCUUGAACUUGCUUGUCCAGUCACCACCAGUGUUCAGCCACAAACCCAACAAGAACAGCAGAUCCAGGUUCAGCAACCACAGCAGGUUCAGGUACAGGUACAGGUACAGCAGUCUCCGCAGCAGGUUUCGGCUCAGCAGCUCUCCCCGCAGUUCACCGUUCACCAGCCUGCCGAGCAACCCAUCCAGGUCCAGGUGCAGAUUCAGGGCCAGGCACCGCAAUCAGCAGCCCCUUCCAUCCAGACCCCAUCUCUGCAGAGUCCCAGCCCCUCGCAGCUGCAAGCAGCCCAGAUCCAGGUGCAGCACGUGCAGGCAGCCCAGCAGAUCCAGACUACAGAAAUCCCGGAGGAUCACAUCCCACAUCAGCAAAUCCAGGCUCAGCUGGUGGCUGGCCAGUCUCUUGCUGGGGGUCAGCAGAUCCAAAUCCAGACCGUGGGUGCCCUUUCCCCACCACCAUCCCAGCAGGGCUCACCCCGGGAAGGGGAGCGGCGGGUUGGUGGCACAGCCAGUGUCCUCCAGCCAGUGAAGAAACGCAAAGUGGACAUGCCCAUCACUGUGUCCUACGCCAUCUCAGGGCAGCCGGUGGCCACCGUGCUGGCUAUUCCUCAGGGCCAGCAACAGAGCUAUGUGUCUUUGAGGCCAGACUUACUGACAGUAGACAGUGCCCAUCUGUACAGUGCCACUGGGACCAUUACUAGCCCUACAGGAGAAACUUGGACCAUCCCUGUUUAUUCUGCCCAGCCCCGGGGGGACCCUCAGCAACAGAGCAUUACCCACAUUGCCAUUCCCCAGGAAGCCUACAACGCAGUUCAUGUCAGUGGCUCACCCACGGCCCUGGCAGCUGUAAAGCUGGAGGAUGACAAGGAGAUGGUGGGCACCACGUCUGUAGUGAAAAACUCCCAUGAAGAGGUAGUGCAGACCCUUGCAAACUCUCUCUUUCCAGCACAGUUCAUGAAUGGCAACAUCCACAUUCCAGUGGCUGUGCAGGCUGUGGCAGGCACAUACCAGAACACGGCUCAGACUGUUCAUAUAUGGGACCCCCAGCAACAGCCGCAGCAGCAAACCCCUCAAGAACAGACACCACCACCACCACCACAGCAGCAGCAGCUCCAGGUUACUUGUUCGGCUCAAACUGUCCAAGUUGCUGAAGUUGAACCACAGUCUCAGCCACAGCCUUCCCCAGAACUUCUGCUUCCAAAUUCUUUGAAGCCUGAAGAAGGGCUUGAAGUAUGGAAAAACUGGGCCCAGACCAAGAAUGCUGAACUAGAGAAAGAUGCUCAGAACAGAUUGGCACCCAUUGGGAGGCGCCAGUUGCUACGAUUCCAGGAAGAUCUCAUCUCUUCUGCUGUGGCUGAAUUGAAUUAUGGACUUUGUCUAAUGACACGGGAAGCCCGAAAUGGAGAAGGUGAACCCUAUGACCCAGAUGUACUCUACUAUAUUUUCCUGUGUAUCCAAAAGUAUCUUUUUGAAAAUGGAAGGGUAGAUGACAUCUUCUCUGAUCUUUAUUAUGUUCGAUUCACGGAGUGGCUACAUGAAGUUCUGAAGGAUGUUCAGCCCCGUGUCACUCCACUUGGCUAUGUCCUGCCCAGCCAUGUGACUGAAGAGAUGCUGUGGGAGUGCAAGCAGCUUGGCGCACACUCCCCUUCCACCCUGUUGACCACCCUCAUGUUCUUUAAUACCAAGUACUUCCUGUUGAAGACAGUGGACCAGCAUAUGAAGCUGGCCUUCUCUAAGGUCUUGCGACAGACAAAGAAGAAUCCCUCUAAUCCCAAGGAUAAAAGCACGAGUAUCCGGUACCUGAAGGCCCUUGGGAUACACCAGACUGGCCAGAAAGUUACAGAUGACAUGUAUGCAGAGCAGACAGAAAAUCCAGAGAAUCCACUGAGAUGUCCCAUCAAGCUCUACGAUUUCUACCUCUUCAAAUGCCCCCAGAGUGUGAAAGGCCGGAAUGACACCUUUUACCUGACACCUGAACCAGUGGUGGCCCCCAACAGCCCAAUCUGGUACUCAGUCCAGCCUAUCAGCAGAGAGCAGAUGGGACAAAUGCUGACCCGGAUCCUGGUGAUACGAGAAAUUCAAGAGGCCAUUGCAGUGGCCAAUGCAAGCACCAUGCACUGAGAUGUCUUAGCCAUGGUGUAAGAAAAAACAGCCAGGAAAAAGUUGGACGAACUUACACUAAAGAAGAGGCCUCCGUUUUUUCUUUUUUCUUAUUUGUGUAGUUAUGAAGCUUUUCAGGCUACUUCUGUUUAAAAUGUAAAAGAAGACUUUGCCUCCUUUGCAUCUUCAUAGACCUACGGCAAACUCUUUAGCCCAUGGAGGCUGUGGGUUUCCUGAGAGUCAGAUAUCCUAGAAAGUUGCUGGCUGACUUUUUCUUUUUCUUUUUUUUUUUUUUUUCCCCCUUUCUUUCU